AUGUCACCACUCUCUACGUCUACCUUCGAACCAAGCUCCCUCUCCUCAUCUGCCUUUACCUUCGCACCAAGAGCCACAUCUGACUCGGAAGAUGAUGUGGCGUCACUCCCAUCGUCGUCGGGAUCCGAUUCAUUUCUCGAUCACGAACUCUCGAUAGACAGUGACGAUGAAUCCGAUGCGGAAGCAGAGUGGAGAGAAAGCCUCCAGCAGCUCGAGAUGCUAUUAACAAUGGUUUUAAUCCCGUUUGUUGGGAAGUUCCUUGGCAGGAAAUGUGCUUAUUGGGGAUGGGGGAAAGUGAUGGAGUGGAAAUAUCCAGUGAAUGUCUCGAUAUCAACCACAGAAGCCCUACGGAGUGAUAAAACUCACCGUGUUCUACCGCCACUCUGA